GACCGACCUCCUCCGGUUCUUCAGCCGCAAGAACAAGAGGGUCCGACGGAUGAGCUCAACAAGAUCUUGGAACAAUGGUCGGCGUCGAGGGGUCAAGCUCUCGAUCCCGAGCCGAUCCUGAUCAGUCUCUGCGAAAUCGUCGAACGGGAGACGGAACUCUAUUUGAAAAAGGAUCCGGAUCCAUUCGACGACCGGCACCCGUACCGCAUCAAUCAGAGCAGUCCCUUCGGCGCGUUGUUGAAGGCUCUGUUCCGGAAUGACGAGUUCAUGGAUAGGCUUGUCAACUUCUACAUAUCAGCUCGAGAUUCCCCAAAAUUGAACGAGUUGGCGUGUCGGUUGCUCUACGAUAUUCUGCCCGGUCUCGAAGGUAGUAUCGUUUUCCAAGAGACUGAUGGUAUCGUUUCCAAGCUGUACAAAUGGGCAGAAGAAGCUGAAAACCCACUGAAAUCGUACGCGAUCGGUCUGCUAGCCGCAGCGAUGAGCGUGCAAGACAUCGCGGUGAAUUGGAGAGAGAAGAACGCUCGCUUGAUGCCGAUGCUGAUGGACGAGCUGAACGAAUUAGCGAACAUGCCCGUCGAACUACCACCGGAAUUGAAAAAGUACACAGUCGAAAGACCCUUCGCAAGCCUGAACGGAUCAUUGGAUUCAAAAGAAACUCCACCUCAGGCCGAACAGGACACGCAUUCCAGUAAUGGGGCCAGCGUCAACAAUAAUGACUUCAGUGAUAGCCAGCAGCAGACAGCGCUUUCGAGGAAGCGCAAGAAGUCUUCUCCGCUACCGAGUAGCAAACGCAUCAUGUUGACCCCUUCUCGAUCUCCUGUUCGCAUCGCACCAUUCGGCGAGUUAUCGAACUCAAGUUGGGCGGAAAAAGAGUUCCUCACCAUUGGGCACUACCAAAUCUAUCCUCUGUCGACGAAUAUGCGGCAACGUUUCAUUCUUCAGUAUCUCACACCACUCGGAGAUUACCAGGAGUUCUUGCCGCUCGUCCUGGAGAAGAAUAUCCUGAAGCUCAUCUUACAUUACAUCAAUCUCAAGGAAAACCGUGACGUUCGCCUAGCGUUCGAAGCCCUCAGGUACCUGGCCUCGCUCCUAUGUCACAAGAAGUUCACAAUGGAGUUCCUGAAGGCGAACGGCGUAAAUCGGCUGCUCCAAGUCCACCGACCCUCGGUGGCGGCCACGGGUGUGUCAAUUUGCUUGUACUACCUUGGAUACAGUGAAGACGCCAUGGAAAAACUAUGUCAGCUACCUCCGGAUGUCCUCACCGAACUCAUCAAAUAUUCUUUGUGGCUCCUCGAGAGAAGCCACGAGAGCAGUCGCUGCCACGCCAUUAUGUUCCUAGGGAUGGCCUUCACGUAUCCGAAGUUUUUGGAAUUCUUCGACCGGGAGGACGGGCUCCGAUGGAUCAUGAAUGUCGUUUCAACGUUGGAAAUCAUCACGAACCCGAAUAUUUUCCGCCCGAAUAUCUCCCGGGAGACGGAACAGGAGGACAAAGUCUUCACCUGCAUGCAGACGGCGCGGCAUGUUUGUUUCUCCUUGAAAAAAUACUUUGAAGCUCAGCUCAUCAUCAAGGCGGGCCAAUUGAAGUUGAACAACUCUCAAAGGAACGAAGCGACUUGUUUUUCAUCGAAGCAACUGAAAUGGAAACAGGAAGAGAUUGACGAAGCGUUGGAUUUCGUGCUGGUCAAUUUGCCGUCUCGAGUCAAAUGGCCCGCGGUCGAUAGUUUCGUGAAACUCGGAGGCGUGCAAUUGAUGCUCAAGCUCCUCCUGAUCGCUCUCGAUGAUGCCAGCCACGUGGGCGGGAAGGUCGAAAUGAUCCGGAGCGCGCUCGAAGUUCUCAGCGUCUGCACCCUGGUCCCGAAAACGCAACUCCUCCUCACCGAAAGCGUCGCGCACCCGAAUCCGGAACUCGACGCGACCGAGAGAGAAAUGAGACAAUCGCAGGAGACUAUCGGAAUGAGCAUUAUCCUCUCAAACAUCGACGAAGAGACCGGGAUGCCGGCGGAAACGGCAGAGCUCGAGAAAGCGUCCCUGCGCAUAAUUCACAACUGUGUCGGUGGUCCCCGACGGCAUGAGAAGCCCCAUCACAAUAAUAAUAAUGCAGCGAGUACGAGCAGCGGUACGGGUCUGCCCAAGAAGAGCGCAAAGAGCGGCGACGGAGAUGUGCUACAUCGCAUGUGGAAGUGUUUGCGAAGCCACAACGGGAUCAUGGUACUCCUCGGCAGGUUGUCCGUGAAGGUCCCGAUCACAGAAGCCGACGCUAUUCGGGCCUUGGCCUGUAAAGCGCUCUGUGGUCUAGCACGCUGCUCCACGGUGAAGCAGAUCAUCUCUAAAUUGCCUCUGUUUACGCGCGGAGAGCUCGAGGUGUUGACUCGUGAGCCGAUUCUGGCGGAUUCCAGUGCGUAUCACGUCCGUUUCUGCCAAUACGCAAAUACGUUGGCGCAGCUCGUCACCGGAAAUCCCCUCCCAAGGAAUACCAAGAACGACUUGCGUCAACUCCGACCUCGUAACGAGGUUUCCUUAACCGCACCAUCAACAGAGAUAAAAUACAAACCCAGUGACCUGCUGGUUUUGAUGUACGAGCAUAUGUUGGGGGCCGGAUUGACAGAAAGUGCACAGGCUUUGCUGAAAGAAGCGAAACUACAGGAUGUCCUCAUCGGGAAACGAAACCAUUGGCGUCGGAUGGCGAUUCGUGAGGAUCCCCGGAAAGCCUUGACGACGAACACGAGUUCUCCUCAGGUUUUGAGUUUGCCGAUUACUCCACAAUCCAAAACAAUACCUCUGAAUCGGUCGAGAGAUCUCACGACCACCCCGGUGGCAAUAGGACGACGCCAAAUGAAAUCGACGUCCUUCAUCGAGAAACCCGAUCAACGUGAUGUCCUGUCGCCGGUGGUUCGGAAGAACGCCUACAACGCGAACAUGCUCUCAUUGGAUGGAAUCGUCAAAGAGUACCUGGGCCAGCAGCACAGUUGUUGUAAUGUUCCUGUGGCUACGUGCCCUCCUUUCGAUUUAUUGGCCCCGCAUCGUUGCGAGGAACCUAUCCUCAAGAGCUUCGCACCUCGGAACCUGACCUCGAGGAUUCUACGGCGUCAGAUAGAUUUGCCUUGGGGGGGACAUCACGGCGCGAAACUCACACGGAAGUAUAUCUAUUCGAAAUUCAAACCGGUGCGGACUUUCCGCGAGCCGGACCUCACCGCAAAUUUCACUUGUUGCGCGUUUUCGUCUUGUGAUGAAAUGCUGUUUGUUGGUACCUUGGGAGGCGACCUCAAAGUCUUCAAUUUGCUCACGGGUGCACAUGAGGCCACCUACGCCUGUCAUCAUACAGAACUCACCCAUUGUCAGCCGUCAAAGGACGGCACCUUGAUUGUGACCUCGUCGUUCUUCCGUCAGCCCACGAGUGUGCUGUGGACCUUCACCGAUCUCUUCCAGCAGAAGAUGACUUUCCAAGAGGACACCUACGUCGAAUUCGGCAAGUUGAGCGAUGAACGAAUACUCGGCACGCAGUACGGCACCGCCCGGCUGUACGACGCGACGACCGGACGGAAAUUGGCCACGUUCUUCGACCAGAAACUCGCCAACCAAUACGUGAAGAACCGAGCAACGCUGAAUUCCACCGACGAGCUGGUGCUCAACGACGGCGUCCUGUGGGACGUUCGGAGGGCGCAUCCCGUGCACAAAUUCGACAAGUUCAACCCAUAUCUGAACGGAGUGUUCACCCCCAACGGGCUGGAGGUGAUCUCGAACACCGAAGUGUGGGAUCUGCGCACGUAUAAACUCCUGCAUACGAUCCCGGCUCUCAAUCAGUGCCAAGUGCUUUUCAACUCGCGCGGGGAUGUCAUCUACGGCGCGAUGGUGAUGUGUGAGGAUAUGGAUCAAGACCGCGACGAGCAACUGCAGUCGAUGUACGGCAAUUCGUUCAAAACAAUCGACGCGACCGACUAUUCUAAUAUCGCCACCAUCGACAUAAGAAGGAGCAUAUUCGACAUCAAGACCGACAGUCGCGACGUUUAUCUGGCGGUCGUCGAGAACGCCGGCGAGAGGGUCAGUAUGGGCUCCGAUUCGGUUGUGAAACUCUAUGAGAUCGGGAGACAGAAGCUCGAGGGAGACGUCGACGACAACGAGCAGGAAGACGACGAAGAUGUCGAGGACGAUGACGACGACGACGACGCGGAUUCGAACUCUAGCACAGAAGUACUAGACGAUACCCUGGAUGACGACGACGAAGACGAUAGCAUUGACGUGGCAUCGAAUUCGCCCCCCGCGAGAUUUGAGCCCUUCGCCGCCGGAGCUCAUGAUGGCGUCGGCGGCGGCCACGGCGGCGACGACGACGAUGAUGAUGAUGACGAAGAUGACGACGACGAUGAUGGAGACGACGAGGACGAGGACAAUGUCUACAUUUACGAUGAGAACAACUCGGACCGUGAUGACGAUUUGGACGACGAUAUGCGUCCCUGGUAUAGGAACGGGAGGUUGUCACCGCCGUCCCCGUAGUCCACCGCGUGUAAAACAAACGUGCGAAGAAGAGGAGCACCGAGGGCUUCCCCGAUGACGAUCGCAUUUGGAAGCCCAUUCCAGGCCUACGGAGGCGGGCCCCUGCACAGCUGCCCGCCUCGAACACAGGACAGAUUGGUGAACAGAGAAAAUAAUAUACUACUGUAAAUGUGUUUAUAACCGGAGAAGAAAUCAAUGUUCUCUAAAAGAAACCGAUUUUUUCCGUGCUCGAGUCGUCGUCAC